CCCUAUCCCUUGAACCUCCAAACCUUCGCUCUCACACUGCACUUCUUCUUCGUCUUCUUCAAUGGCACUCACCACUUUCCUCUCCAUCCCACCCUUCUCCCCAUCCCCACUCUCUCUCUCCUCUACCCACCCUCUCUCUCUAAAACCCCCUUUACCCCAUUUCAAACCCAUUUUCCCAUUUCUCUAUCUCCCCACCAAACCCCCUCUCAAAAACCCUUCUGCCAUCGGCCGUGACGGCAAGUUCUACCCUACCCCUUCCGACGAUGACCCUCCCGAAGCCCCCGAAGACUCUAUGCACGGCGUUUCCAAGUUCCAGCAAAUUCACCGCCAAGCCUCUCGUGCUCGAAAGCUCGAAGAAGAGCAAUUCAAGAAGGACCAAUCCACCUUUCUCAACGCAAUCGCCGAUGUCGAAGACGCUCCCGAUAAUCCCGAUUCAUCGAAUUUGGACGAUCCUGGGGAUGAUUUGUUCGGGGAAAUCGACAAGGCCAUUGCUAUGAAGCGGAAGGAGUUUGUUAAACAGGGGCUUUUGAAGCCGAACCCGAAGAAAAUGAAGGAUAUUUUGAUUCCGGAGAAGAUUGCUGAAGGAAUUGAAGAAUUGGAGCCUGAGGAAGUGGUUGAUUUGGAGGAAAUCGAUGAACUUCAGGGGCUUACUGUGAUUUCAGCUGAUUCUGAUGAAGAGGAGUCUGAAAAUUUGGAGAACGAGGUGAGUGAUGAUGAUAUGGGUAAUGGGGAAAUUUCUAAUCUUUCGUCGUUUGAUAUUGAUUUUGAUAGUUUUGCUAAAUCUAAGGCUAGAAUUGUUGAACCCAAGUUUAAGAUGACAUUAGCUGAGCUUUUAGAUGAGACUAAAGUGGUGCCCGUAUCGGUUUAUGGUAAUUUAGAGGUUGAGAUUAGUGGAAUUCAACAUGAUUCGAGAGUGGUUGACGCUGGUGAUUUGUUUGUAUGUUGUGUUGGGAGGAGAACUGAUGGCCAUUUGUAUCUAACUGAGGCUGACAAGAGAGGGGCAGUUGCUGUAGUUGCUAGUAAAGAAAUAGAUAUAGAGGAAACUUUGGGAUGUAAAGCAUUGGUUAUUGUCGAAGACACUAGUUCAGUCCUCCCUGCAUUGGCUGCUGCUUUUUAUCGAUACCCGUCCACAAAUAUGUCAGUGAUUGGAAUUACAGGGACUAAUGGGAAGACAACCACUUCGUAUUUGAUAAAAAGCAUAUAUGAAGCAAUGGGAUUGAGAACUGGGAUGUUGAGUACCGUGGCAUACUAUGUUCAUGGAGAUAAUGAAUUGGAGUCACCAAAUACGACUCCAGAUGCUGUUUUGGUUCAGAAGUUGAUGGCAAAGAUGGUGAAUAAUGGGACAGAAGCAGUUGUCAUGGAGGCUUCGUCUCAUGGAUUAGCACAAGGGAGGUGCAAUGAGGUUGAUUUUGAUAUUGCGGUUUUCACAAAUUUGACAAGGGACCAUAUGGAUUUUCAUGGGUCUGAAGAGGAUUAUAGGGAAGCCAAGGCCAAGCUGUUUUCAAGGAUGGUGGACCCAGCACAUCACCGGAAAAUUGUCAACAUUGAUGACCCAAAUGCAGCUUUCUUUAUUGCACAAGGGAACCCAGAUGUGCCUGUUGUGACAUUUGCAAUGGAGAAUAAGAAUGCUGAUGUUUAUUCUUUGAAAUUUGAACUCUCUCUGUUUGAGACACAGGUUUUGGUAAAUACACCCCAAGGAAUAUUGGAGAUUUCUUCAGGGUUGCUUGGCAGAAAUAAUAUAUACAACAUUCUUGCAGCUGUUGCAGUUGGAAUUGCAGUUGGAGCGCCUUUGGAAGACAUUGUUAGGGGGAUUGAAGAGGUUGAUUCAGUUCCUGGUAGGUGUGAGUUGAUAGAUGAAGAACAAGCAUUCGGGGUGAUUGUGGAUUAUGCUCAUACUCCUGAUGCCUUGUCUAGACUACUUGACUUUGUAAAGGAGCUUGGACCAAGGAGGAUUAUCACUGUUAUUGGUUGUGCUGGUGAGAGCGAUAGAGGAAAGAGACCCAUGAUGACGAAGAUUGCAACAGAUAAAAGUGAUGUGACUAUCUUGACAUCUGACAAUCCGAAGAAUGAAGAUCCUUUGGACAUAUUGGAUGACAUGUUGGCUGGUGUAGGAUGGACUAUGCAGGAGUAUUUGAAACAUGGAGAGAAUGAUUACUAUCCACCUCUUCCUAAUGGACACAGGCUUUUCUUGCAUGAUAUAAGACGGGUAGCUGUACGUGCAGCUGUUGCCAUGGGUGAGGAAGGCGAUAUGGUUUUGGUUACUGGAAAAGGCCAUGAAACAUACCAGAUAGAAGGUGAUAAAAAAGAGUUCUUUGAUGACCGUGAGGAGUGUAGAGAAGCAUUGCAGUAUGUUGAUGAGCUUCACCAAGCUGGAAUUGAUACGAGUGAAUUCCCAUGGCGGUUACCAGAAAGUCAUUGAUAUAGAAUCAGGAGUAGAGAAUUCUUGAGGCUGGUCUCAAGGCCGGGAACCAUUACAAGAGCAUUGAUCUCAUUAUAUUUGAGUAGUUCCUUUAAGAUUCAUUCAGCGAAGCUGAAAUCCUGGAACAUGUUGUUUCUCUUGGUUGACAUAAUGACAUAACCUGCAUUUGAAGGAAGUUGGAGGGCCCUUUCUCAGAAAGAGGACGGUUGCUGGGCCUUGCUGCUGCAGAACACUGGUGUAGUCCCUGAAUUGGGAUUGAGAUCACAAUUUUGUUAGAAUGGCGUAAAUGUAACUUUGGCUGGGAUACAAAAUUUAGUUUAGUUUAGUUUGAUUUGGUUUGGGAUAUAUGUAAGGUUGUAUUUUCUUGUAAAUUGAGCCUGUCACAGUGCAAAGUUGGAUCCUUUAAUUGAUUUAUCUCAAUGAGAAGAUUACUUGUCAAGCUUUCUUUCUGCAAUCA